AACUAAUUGAAAGCCAUGGAAGAUCAAUUCGUCCUAUAUACAUCUCUUUCGGCACUGGUCGUCCUCCUUGCCUUGAAGUUCUUGUUUCUGUCCCAAAAAUGAUACAAGAACCUUCCCCCAAGUCCACCAUCUCUCCCCAUUGUUGGCCACAUCCAUCUCUUAAAACCACCCUUUCACCGUGCACUCCGCAGUCUCUCCGACAAGUACGGUCCAAUCAUCUCCCUCCGGUUUGGCUUCGACCUUACUGUCGUUGUCUCGUCAGCAUCAACUGCCGAAGAAUGCUUCACCAAGAAUGAUGUUGUUUUGGCCAACAGACCCAUGUCAAUUUUUGGCAAGCACAUGGGCUACAACUACACGACGAUGAUUAGCGCAUCAUAUGGAGAUCACUGGCGCAACCUCCGUCGCAUCACUUCUAUUGAAAUAUUCUCGUCUAGUCGCCUGAACAAAUUUCUCGGGGUGCGAAACGACGAGGUCAGGCGUUUGCUACUGAAACUAUCUCACAAUUCAAUGGAAAAUUUUGCCAAAGUUGAGCUGAGAUCAAUUUUCAUUGACUUAACGUUUAAUAAUGUCAUGAGAAUGGUGGCCGGAAAACGAUAUUACGGGGAGAACGUGACCGAAUAUGAGGAGGCAAAGCAAUUCAAGGAGACAUUAGCAGAGAUACACGAAUCUAACGGACAAAAUUUCAACCCGUUGUUGAGGUGGUUUGGAAUUCACGAAAAGAAAGUUAUAAAGACAUUCAAAAGAAUGGACGCGCUUUUGCAAGGGUUGGUUGAUGAGCAUCGCAGCAAGAAGGUGGGAGACACCAUGAUCGGUCAUCUCCUUUCAUUGCAAGAAUCGGACCCUGAAUAUUACACGGAUCAAAUCAUAAAAGGGCUUAUUUGGGUUUUGAUACUUGCUGGAAUAGAUACGUCUGCGGUGACAUUAGCAUGGGCGAUGUCUAACUUACUCAAUCACCCUGAAGUACUGAAUAAGGCAAAAAAGGAGAUAGACGCUCAAGUAGGCGAAGAAAGGCUUAUGGAGGAAUCGGAUAUCGCAAAGCUCCAUUACCUUCAAAGCAUCAUGUGGGAGACACUCCGACUACACCCAGCAGCCCCUCUUCUACUUCCACAUAUGGCGUCUGCAGACUGCACCAUAGGUGGAUACGAUGUGCCGCAAGGCACGAUAGUGUCGGUCAAUGUAUUUGCCAUCCACCGAGACCCAAAUUUGUGGGAUGACCCAGAAAGUUUCAGACCGGAGAGGUUGGAGAAGGAAGAGAAAGAGAGUAAUAAGUUGAUGCCAUUUGGAAUGGGAAGAAGGGCAUGUCCUGGGGCAGCGUUGGCCCACCGGCUGGUAGGCUUAACUUUAGGAUCAAUCAUUCAGUGCUUUGAGUGGAAGAGAGUUAGUGAGGAGGAGGUUGAUAUGACCGAAGGAAGAGGACCAGUCGUUCCUAAAGCCCAGCCUCUUGAAGCUAUGUGCAAAGCUCGACCCAUUGUCAACGAAGUUAUUAAUGGGGCUGAAUGGAAUAGAUGAGGGGUUUUUUUUUUUUUUUGGUAGUUCAGAGUCUUGUUACAUGACUUCUUUGUAUGUUUUCCUAGUCUAGCUUUACUUACGUGAGAUGUACUUUGUUAUAAGUGUGUUGUGAGAGUACUGGGGUUUAAACUAUGUAACAAAUUAACAAUGAAAUUAAGAUAAUAGU